UCUUUCUCCUGGUGAUCGACUGGAUCAUGAAGACGUCAACAUCUGGAAGAAAUCACGAUAUACAAUGAACAGCUAGGAUGCAGCUGGACGAUUUAGACUUCGCGGAUGAUCUGGCUCUUCUAUCACACACGCAACAACAAAUGCAGGAGAAGACUACCAGUGUAGCAGCAGCAGUAGGUCUCAUUAUGAACAAAGGAAAAAGCAAUUAUCUUCUAUACAAUACAGCGUGCACCGAUCAAAUCACACUUGAUCGAGAAGCUUUGGAGGAUGUGGAAACCUUUACAUAUCCGUGCAGCAUCAUUGAUGAACAUGACAGAUCAGAUGCAGAUGUGAGGGCGCGGAUCGGCAAAGCAAGAGAAGCAUAUUUACAACUGAAAACCAUCUGGAACUAAAAACAAUUGUCAACCAACACCAAGGUUAGAAUUUUCAAUACAAAUGUCAAUACAGUUCUACUGCAUGGGGCGGAGACGUGGAAAAAUACGAAAGCCAUUAUCCAGAAGAUACAAGUGUUUAUUAACAGUUGUCUACUCAAGAUACUUCGGACCCAAUGGCCAGACACUAUCAUCAACAAGUUACUGU